AUGAUCGAUCAUUUUAUGUCAUCCAACACAACAGAACCCGAUCUUUUUUCUUCAUCUGUUAUUAAUGCACCAUCCUCUGCCUUUACCAUUCCUAUUUACAACAAAGAGUUAUUUACCAAAUCCAAGUUCAAGGACCAUAAAUCUCUUGUUCAAGCUCGUAUAGACAAUGACAUAUCAAGGAUCAAGCAAAUUAAAGCCUCCCAUCUUGAGCCUCAAGUUAACCCCACUGAUUAUUAUGUUCCUUAUUUUGGUUUUGUGUCUGAUGUAAAUGGAGUCUAUGUAGCAGCAUUUAAAGCUGGCACCCCUCUUAUCCGUGAAGUACUCAUGAUGGACACGGGUUCUGUCCUCAUUUGGUGGAAUUGCAAUCCAUGCAAAAAUUGUAUUAAAAGAUCUCGCCUAUAUGAUCCCAGAAGGUCAUCUUCUCAUCAUUUUAUUAGUUGUGAUGAUCCCAUUUGCAAAGAUGGGGGUUUUGGCUGUCGUCAGAGUGAUUAUUCUUGUGCAUAUAAGAUAAAUUAUGCAGAUGGAGGAUACAGCAGAGGCGAAAUUGGUUCCGAUAAGUUCACAACAACAACUGACACCGUCCUGCUUGACCGUAUGGUUUUUGGAUGUUCCCGAGACGUUGAAGAUGUGAAUCAACAAGAAGGUAGGGUCACAGGAGUAUUAGGUCUUAACCGAGGUAAAUACUCACUUAUUGGCCAGAUGAAUGCUCAAAACUUUACUGUAUGUCUACCUGCACAUUAUGGAGAAGGGAAAAACGAAUUGCGCAUACAUGUUCUCCCACCUUACUAUUAUCCUGACUCAGUAACUGUGCCACUCGUGGAUAAUCCGGCUCGUCUAUCUUACUAUGUGGGACUUAAUGGGAUUUCAGUUGGUGGUGAAAGAGUUAAGAUCCCGGAUGAUGCAUGGAUAAUUAAACCUAAUGGUACUGGUGGUGUGAUUAUUGAUUUGGGAACCUUUCUCACAUGGCUAGAGUCAAGGGUGUUUCAUCCAUUUAAUGACUUGUUUGUUAAGAAGGCUGCAGAAUUAGGUCUGCGAAGAGUACAAAUAGGGGAGAUUUUUCAGAGUUGUUUCAAGAUGCCUACACCAACUUCUAAUAAUAUCCCCAGUGUGGAGUUCCAUUUUUCUGGCGUUUAUAAAACUUUCCAACUAGGACCCGAACAGAUCAUGGUGAAGGCGGGCGAUAGUGGAUUUUAUUGCCUUGCAUUCGCUGAAGAAACUGAAUUGCAGUUUUCUUUGAUUGGAAGUUCGCAAACUCAAAAGACAAGACUUGCAUUUGAUUUAGCAUCCAAAAGGCUAAAUAUGAAUCCUAAUUAUUGCAAUUAA